GUUGAAUCCUCUCCGUUUCAUCACGAUCACUAACCAUUACAAAUACUGAUGGCUAAUCAGUAACGAUUUUUUUAUGUCAACAGUAUUCAUUUCAUGUACAAAAAUUACCAAGUAAUGGGGCUCAAAGAGGCUGCUCAAAGUUUAUUUUUGGAAGAUGUCAUCCAAUGGAGUUGCACGCCAAAGAGUCCAAACAAAAGAAUUAACUGGUGCAUCCUGGUUCUUGACCGAGAGGGAAUGCAGAUUGUAUCGUCUAGCUGUAAAAUGCAUGAUCUGUACCAUGAAGGAAUUACUCUUGUAGAAGAUUUGCUCAAAGUACGCGAACCAGUAAAUCUGGACGCUGUUUAUUUUUUGACACCAACUAAAAAGUCAAUUGCUGCUCUUGUCAACGAUUUUCCUAAGGACGGAGUUACAAAGUAUAAAGCCGCUCACAUUUUCUUUACAAAAGGUAAGGUUUUUUAUUUGAACUGUCACGACUCUUUUCAAUCAUGUUAUAAUCCAUUACGCAUGAAUGUUCGUUUACCUGACUUGGAGGAAUUGGCAAUCCGAAUUUCCAAUGUUUGUCAUGCGUUAAAUGAAUAUCCCUCAGUGCGAUAUAUGAAUAAUAGUAACAACACAAACAAUGUCGAAUUAGCAAAGCUGGUCCUGGAAAAACUGAAAAUAAUAAAAGAUGAUAAUCCACGUAUGGGCGAUGGUUAUGGAAAAUUACGUUCACAGUUAAUUAUAAUUGAUCGGUCAUUUGAUAUUACCUCACUGAUUUUGCAUGAGCUCACUUUCCAAGCUAUGGCUUAUGAUAAUUUUCCAAUAAGAAACGAUGUUUUUACAUUUAAUGAAAACAAAGUUCAAAAGCAUGUAUUUUUCGACCAAAGAGAUAAGUUAUGGGACAACAUAAGACAUCUACAUAUUUCUACUGCAGUAACUACCCUGUCAGAAAAAUUAAAGAAAUGUGUGAACUCCUUGCGUGCAUCAGCUGCUGCUGCUGAUACUGCAAACGGUUCAUCGGUUGGUGCCAUGUCUAAUGCUUUUAAAGUAAUACCUAUACAAAAAAAAAUAUCUAGUUAUGGGCGAAACUGCAUCAGGCGAAAGGAUCAAAUACGAUAUUAA